AUGACCCUCUUCCAAGCCCUCCUCCUCGCGACAUCUCUCGGAUGGACGAUCGUCGAAGCGACACCACCAGCCAACGCGGCAGCGGGAUUACCACCAGCAAUCGAACUCCCAGAUUCUCCAGCAUACAGAAACAACAUCACCUCAAUCGCAAGGACAGGAACAGGCCUACCACCAGCCCCCAUAGUCCGCACCGAGAAAUCGCAGGCAAGCCUCAACGUGCCCUGCCAAACAUGUCCCACCUACAACUCCCCGCGCGUCGAAUCGACCCAAGCCUCUCUCGCCGGCCCUGGGAAACCAACACCAUCAGACCCUCAUCCCAGCGGGCCCAAGAUCACAGAACCGUCUGCUACGAAGCAGUCGCAAGUGAAUCCCGAAACACCUACAGCAUCCCCAUCAUCACCACCGCCCGAAGAAACGACCCCACCAGCAGCAUCGACCGUCCCACGUAUCCCCAUCCCAGAACGCACGCGCACGACUCUUGACGCUCCUUCAGCGCCCUACACGAUCGGUCCUUCCUACACUAUAAUACCCGGCUCCUCCGCCAUCGUGGUAUCCGGUACGACAUAUAGCGCCGCGGCGACCGGGACGGAGGUGUAUGUGAAUGGCCAAGUGGUGUCGACGAGCACGGUGACGAUUGGAGGGACUGCAGGAGCGGUUGGGACAGCGACGAGUAGUGGAGGGGGUGAGGAUGCGGGCGGGAUAGCGACGGAGAGUGGGAGUGAGGCUGCUUUGCAGACUGGAGGGAGUGUCGAGGGUAAAGGUAGGGCUGUUGAGGUGGUGGGUUUUGCGGCGGGAGUGGUGAUGUUGGUGGUGGCUAUGAUAUGA